UUUCAAUUUUAGGUUAAAUGCAAAUCAAUGUGAACAUACAGUGGCGUAACUAUGCUUUGUUUGUGCCUUGCACAAGCUGUAACAUGCAUAGGGGCCCUAAUUCAUAACACAACGAAUAUUUAAAGAAAAAAGUGAACACGUUCCUUGUUGAAUUGGGUCUCUAUCAGGACAGCUUUUAUCUGCAAGUAGAUAAGCAAGUUACGCUGCUGUCCAUCAGGAUGGUCGUCACCAAGAAGAUUGAUCCAGCAUCAGCUAAAACUAAAACCACACCAAAGGAUGUGAAGAAGCCUGCAGUUAAGAAACAAACACUUCGAGGCAAAGGCUUAAAAAAGAAGAAGGAACAUCUUCGUUUCGGUGUUGAUUGCACAAAUAUUGCCGAGGAUAACAUUUUGGAUGUUGCCGACUUUGAAAAAUUCUUGAAAGAACGUUUCAAGGUUAAUGGAAAGACCGGAAGCUUGGGCAACAACGUCACCAUGGAACGUCAGAAGAUGAAGGUUUACGUUAACUCCGAUAUUCACUUCUCAAAACGUUACUUGAAAUAUUUGACGAAGAAAUAUUUGAAGAAGCACAGUCUUCGUGAUUGGAUUCGUGUUGUUUCCAAUGACAAGGACCUUUACGAAUUACGUUACUUCAGAAUCAGCUCCAACGAUGAUGAUGAAGAAGACAACGAAAAAUUUUAUUAUUCAAUUGCAACACCAGGAAAUGUCCUUUUCACGCAUUUUCCGAACACAGAAAAUCUUCAUUUUCAGUUCAUGUUCAAACGUUGCCGCACAUUGUUAUUAUCUUCUUCAAAACUUCCUUCAAAACGAAUUAAAGAAUAA